AGCUAGCUGCUGCAUGCCUUGCAUGUGGAAUUAACGUUAGUAAACGCAUGUAAACGGGUUCAUCAUCAUCAUCGCUCGUUACGGGCUCGAUACUCCGGGACUUCCUCCUCAUUUUUCUUGAAACCUGGACUAAAUUGAACUCAACAUGGCCACCGCUCCAGCUGUCGGUAUUGACCUUGGCACAACAUACUCCUGUGUAGGUGUCUUCCAACAUGGAAAAGUAGAAAUCAUUGCCAACGACCAGGGCAACAGAACAACACCAAGCUAUGUAGCCUUCACAGACACAGAACGUCUCAUCGGGGAUGCCGCUAAAAAUCAGGUCGCAAUGAACCCCAGCAACACAGUCUUUGAUGCUAAGCGUCUGAUUGGCCGUAAGUUCUCCGAGUCUGUGGUGAAAGCAGACAUGAAGCACUGGCCGUUUAACGUCAUCGAGGAAGGAGGUAAGCCCAAGAUUCAAGUCGACUACAAAGGAGAGAGCAAGACAUUCUUCCCCGAGGAGAUCAGCUCUAUGGUACUCAUUAAGAUGAAGCAGACAGCUGAAGCAUUUCUUGGAAAGACUGUCACAAAUGCCGUCGUGACCGUGCCAGCCUACUUCAAUGACUCUCAACGCCAAGCUACAAAAGACGCAGGAACCAUCUCGGGAAUGACGGUUCUACGUAUCAUUAAUGAGCCAACUGCAGCGGCCAUCGCUUAUGGUCUAGAUAAGAAGGUCGGGAAAGAGCGCAAUGUUCUCAUCUUUGAUUUAGGUGGCGGUACCUUCGAUGUGUCCAUCUUGGUCAUCGAGGACGGCAUCUUUGAAGUCAAAUCAACGGCCGGAGACACCCAUCUCGGAGGGGAGGAUUUCGACAACAGACUGGUCAACCACUUUAUUGAGCAGUUCAAGCGUAAACACAAGAAAGACAUCUCAGCCAACAAGAGAUCUUUAAGACGUCUUAGGACGGCGUGUGAACGAGCAAAGAGGACUCUAUCAUCAAGCACACAGGCAAAUGUUGAGAUCGACUCGCUCUUUGAGGGAAUUGACUUCUACACGUCAAUCACCCGUGCUCGCUUUGAAGAGUUGAACAACGAGUUGUUUCGCGACACCAUGGGCCCCGUCGCUAAGGCUCUGUCGGACGCUAAGAUGGAGAAGAAAACGAUUGACGAGGUGGUGCUCGUUGGCGGCUCUACCCGCAUCCCUAAGAUCCAGAAGUUGCUGCAAGAUUUCUUUGAUGGGAAAGAGUUGAAUAAGAGUAUCAACCCUGACGAGGCUGUGGCGUAUGGAGCAGCUGUUCAGGCGGCCAUUUUGUCCGGGGACAAAUCAGAAGAAGUACAGGACCUGUUGCUCCUGGACGUUGCUCCUCUGUCCCUAGGUAUCGAGACCGCCGGUGGUGUCAUGACUUCACAGAUCAAGAGAAAUAGCACCAUCCCUACUAAGAACUCCAAGGUCUUUACCACGUACUCUGACAAUCAAUCGAGCGUACUCAUCCAGGUGUUUGAGGGAGAACGCCCUCUUACCAAAGACAAUAAUCUUCUGGGCAAGUUUGAGCUGUCCGGAAUUCCUCCAGCGCCGAGAGGUAUCCCACAGAUUGAGGUGACCUUUGACAUUGAUGCUAAUGGUAUCCUCAAUGUAGCAGCAACAGACAAGAGCACAGGCAAAGAGAACAAGAUCACCAUUACAAAUGACAAAGGUCGUCUCUCCAAGGAAGAAAUUGAGAAGAUGGUCGCAGACGCUGAGAAGUUCAAGGCAGAGGAUGAUUCUCAACUUGACCGCAUCACCGCUAAGAAUGGUCUGGAGUCCUACGCCUACAACAUGAAGUCCACAGUAGAAGACGAUAAACUGAAGGAUAAGAUCAGUGAGGAAGAUAAGCAAACCAUCUUAGAUAAAUGUAAGGAGGUCUUGGACUGGCUAGAUCAUAACCAGACCGCAGAAAAAGAUGAGUUUGAGGAUCGUCAAAAGGAACUUGAGAAAGUCUGCAAUCCCAUCAUCACCAAAUUGUACCAAACUACUGGUGGUGCCCCAGGGGGUAUGCCAGGGGGUAUGCCAGGCGGUAUGCCAGGGGGUGGUGAAGCUCCUGAUGCUGGUGGAAACAGCGGUGGUCCUACCAUUGAGGAAGUGGACUAAAGUCUUGUCAGCGCUUUUUGUAGAUUGUCCUUCCUUAUAAUUUUUGGACACCAUCCCCUCACACACAAUCUCUGUAAGAGGAAGUUUGUAUACACUUUCA